UUGAGUUUAUUCUAGGAAAUAAAGAUUGUUUUUCAAUAAAUGGAGAAAUUAACGAUUGUAUAAACAUGAAAAAUUGUUCUUCAGCUCAAAUUUUUUUAGAAAACUCCAAGUCAAUUGAUAAUUAUAUUUGUGGAUAUGAAGGAAUCAGCCCUAAAGUUUGUUGUGCAGUGAGUAAUUUAAAUAAAAGAAGUUUUUAUUUAACUAGUGAAGAAGAUUAUGAAGAUGAUUCUUCUACCAGAGAAACUUCGAGUUCUAGAAUAACAUCUACAACAGAAUCUUUGCCAAGUACAUUAUCAUCAAAAUUGCCUCUUCAAAGUGUUUGUGGUAAAACAAACGCUGUUCGUGAUAGAAUAAUUGGAGGAGAGUCUCCUAAGCUUGCUGAUUGGCCUUGGAUAGCUGCAUUAGGCUAUCGUAAUACGUAUGAACCAAAUAAUCCAAUACAAUGGAAAUGCGGUGGCACUUUAAUAGCAGAUAGUUAUGUACUUACAACUGGAUAUUGCACAUUGGGAAACAAUCAAGCAAAACUAUCAAUUGUUCGUUUGGGUGAAUUAAAUCUGGAUCCUAAAAUUCAAGAUAACGCUUCACCACAAGAUUAUAUAAUAGCUAAAAUUAUAGUACAUGAACAAUAUAACAGUCAAAAAUUUUUGAAUGAUAUUUCCUUGCUCAAAUUGAAAAACCCGGUUCGUUUUAACCACUAUAUUCAACCAAUUUGUCUGCCUUGGACACAAAAAUUACGUAUGAAAUCAUUUGUAAAAUUUGUACCUACUAUUGCCGGUUGGGGAUCACAAAGUCCAAGUAAAUAUUCCUUAAAAA